GAACAAGGAAGCGCCUUCUCCUGGAUCUCGAGCCCCGGGGCCGCGGGAUCGCCGCGUGAGCGGGCAUGUCCACACGGAGGGACGUGUUUGUUGAAAAAGUGCUGAAGAGACUUUUCCCUAAUGUUCCAAGUGGGCAAGAAAAAGAGACACUCCAAAUUCUGACCUCCGAAACACCACCUAAGAAAGUGAACUCUGAAAAAAGGAAACACAAGCAUGUUCAUCAUCUAACAGAUGGUGACAUUAAGAUCCAUCCUAAACAACGGCUCUAUACUGUGAGUUUGCCUCCUGAGGGUUAUGUUCCCUGUGAACCAGAGCCCAAGUGCACAAGUUCUGAGAAUGUUGCCAGUGCUGAUGACAUAGAAGCAGAUCAGGAUCCUCUUGUUCAACCAAAGAGAAGAAGAAUUAGAAAGCAUAAACCAAAGAAAAAACUUAAAAAUCCUAAUAAUGAUCAUUUAGAACAAGCAGAAUUAGAAGAACAAGCAGAAUUAGAAAAACAGCAGAGUCUUUUACAAGAAAAACUACAGUCACAGCACACAGAUGGGCCAAAAAUGAGCAAAAAUAAAAAGCGGAAGCUGAAAAAGAAACAGCAAAUGAGGAGGAAGAAAGAAGCUGGUUUGGUAAAGAAGGCUUCUGGUGUUAGUUUCUUGUACCAACCAGAAGAGAGUAGCAGUGAUCAGGAAGAACUGAGAGGAGCCCAAGACCCCUUUGAGGAGGGUGAGGAGGACCUCAGCGAGGAGGGCACAACCAAACAUGCCUCUCAAGAAUAUGGUGACAUUACCCACAAGGCAGAUAGUGUCCUAAACUUUCUGAAGUCAACACAAGAAAUAUAUUUUUAUGAUGGUAUCUCCAAAGACCCAGAUUCAACUGUGUGCAUGGAAACCACCAAGGAACUGCUACACUGCCUUGAGUCUCAUAGCAUGCCUCCCUCAGAUAUAUUCAUUCUGGACCACAUGAAAACACUGCUUCUUCUGCAAGACACUGAACGACUGAAGAGGGCUCUGGAUAUGUUCCCAGAACAUUGCAUGAUGCCCUCUGACCAUGCUAAAGUAAUUUCAGCUUUCUUUAAUUACUGGAUCACACAAAUCUUUCCUGAGAAAAACAGUGAACAAAAUUAGUGUAUCUCUUUAAGAAGAGCUAUAUGUAAUUGAAGAUGUAACGAGAUAUGAAAUGGACUGAGAGCUUAUUCUAUGUACAAAGAAAAUUAAGUUUCCAAUAUUUUCUUUGAAGCUUAAAUCCUGUAGAAUUUAAUACAUUGUUUAUUCCUGUGUUUGUAUAUAAUGGGUAAAAUGUCUUCUGAAUAUUUAAAUGAGAAUUUGGGGUAACAUUUAAAUUUUUUCACUUACUUUUACCUGUGUGUUUAUCUAGAAUUACAACAGAAAACUUGAUUUUUUUAUUCUUGUAAAAAUCAGAAGUUGACAUUCUGUUAAAUAAACUAGUUUGAACUUGUCAUAUAUUUUUAUAAAAUUGUAAAUCACCUUGUGGUUUAAAAAAAAUGUUUGUUUUAAGAAUGCCUUAUAGAAACCAGGCACUGGUGGUUUAUGCCUGUAAUCCUAGCUACUCGGAG